AUGGCCUCCCUGAAGUAUCGGAACGCCGCCGCUGCGGACGCGAGUCCGGCGUCUCUGGCCAUCCACCGCGUCCGCUUCGUCAAUUGGUCGCCUUCCACCGUCACUGCCCUUGCUGUAUCGCCAUCCUUCGCAGGCGCCGGUCGAGGUCUCCUUGCCAUCGGUCGACAGAACGGCAACGUUGAAAUCUGCACUUGGGUCGGUCCUCGUGCUGCGCAAAAGUCCGAGUUCGACGACAGAGCCUUCCAGUCGGAUGCAGCAGGUUGGGCCGUUCACACCGUCUUGCCUGGCCAGAUCAACUCCAAGAUUGAGCAGCUCUGCUUCGUCAACCCACCCGUUCAGGACACCACGCAACCACGCAAGCUGCGUCUCUUUAGUAUCUCAGGAGGUUCGAUGGUCACCGAGCAUUUCAUCCCACUCCACCUGGCCAAGCUCGGCGCUCGAAGGGAUGUCGACGUCGACAAUGACGACUUUCAAGCCACAAGACCUAGGCCAGGCACCGUAUCUUCCCUUUUUGGCAGCAAGUCCACCUCCAGCCUCGAUCCACACUAUCCUGGCGAGACGCGAACACUGCCUUCGCUGGCCGGUGCCGUUUGGAGUAUGGCACCCAGCGCCACCGGUCGAUACCUUGCUCUCGGCUGCGAGGAUGGUUCCGUGAGGAUCAUCGACCUCGAAGACAACCGCUUCGAGCAUCUCGCCAGCACCUCGGGUGAGGACCGAAAGAUUGUCCCUCGGUUCGGUAAGGCCAAGGGCAAAGUCAUCAGCCUUUGCUGGGGUCCGCCCAUUCGAUCGUUCCAAAGAUCUUCAAAGCGCAACCCAACGGCCAAAAAGCCUACGUCUUCCGACAGUGACAAUGACGACGAAGACAACAGCGAAGAUGACAACGACGACGAUAACGACGAGCACCAGUGGCACGAGUCGUUCCUUGUCGGCGGUCUCGCCCUUUCCACCGCAGUUGUCUGGGACGUCUCCAAUGGUAACAUCGCAACCAAGCUUGCAGUACAGAAAAAUCGCACUGAGUCUACCAUCGUAUGGAGCGUCGCAACCCUUCCCGAUGGCACCAUCGUCACCGGUGAUUCGACUGGCCGUGUGACCUUCUUUGACGCACGCACACGAAUCCCCAUUCCAGAUGCAACCUUCCGUGCGCACGCUGCCUCUUCGGACGUGCUGGCCCUCUGCAUCGGCCCGGACGGCAAGACGAUCUACAGCGCAGGUGUCGACCAAAAGGUUGCUGAAUACACCAAGAUCGACACUUCCAAUGGUCGUGGUCGCUGGAUUCAGAUUGCGUCGAGGCGAUUGCACGCACACGACAUUCGAGCUCUCGCCCUCGACCCGCCCUACUCUCCACUCGAUGCCGCUCAGGCCAUCAUCAGCGGCACCGAUGCCAAUCCCGCACCCAGCCGUCUUCCGAUUCUCCUUAGUGGCGGUGUCGAUUUCAAUCUUGUACUUACCCCAGCCGCACCACCCUCGGCCAUCGUCAAGGCGCAAAAGGCGGCAACUCUCGCAUCCAUCCCCUCGGCCAAAGCUAGGUCGAAGCAGGCUAAACUCAACAAGGUCGAACAGGAACACGCCUCGAUCAACCCCAUCUCGUCCAACCCACUGACCACGUUUGCCGACACCACGCAGCGUCGUGUUCCUUUUGUCCCCACUGCCUCACGCAGUGGUCUGUUGGGAGGCGGGUCCGUCGCCGCCCUCUGCCCUAGCAAAGGCUGGAUCAUCCUUCGCCGCGAACAGUCCAUCGGCAUCUGGGACCUUGGCAGCCAGUCCGAGCUGGCCUCGGUCGCGCAAGCCUCUCAAGCCGGCGAAUCCCUGCAGCAGCAGCAACCCAGUUGGGCCAAAUUGCUUGAGAUGGAGGUCAGGGUCGAUUCGAACCUCGUCUGUGUCGCCAUUAGCCACGACGGCCGCUACCUCGCCUUUUCCGAUCUCUACGAGACCAAGCUGUACGAGCUCAAACAGAGACGAAGACCCGAUUCGGAGCCGAUCGAACUCGAACCCAAAAAGAUUAAGAGUUUCGGAAAAGUGUUUGGCGGACAGGAGAGGAUGGCGCCUUCGGCGAGUGCGUUGAAGUUCUCGCCUGAUUCCACGAGGCUGGUUGUGUGUUCGCUGACGGGAGCCUAUGUGCACGUGUUGGAGCUGCCUUCGCAAUCCAAUGGUGGUAGUUGCAAGCUUCUGCGCAGCUUUGGACACCACCGCAAAGCUGCGGUGCUUGCGACCACUGGCGGUGCGGGUGACCAGCGACAGAUCGCUGGUCGCAGCAGCAAACCGAAUGGCGACACCAAUGGUCAUAGCAAGUCACCGCUGCAGACGGAUCGAGUGGAACGCAGCACGACGACCAUCAUCCAGCACGCCGAGAUCUCGCACGAUGGAGCGUGGCUCUCCACCUUGUCUUCGGAUCUGCAGCAUCAUAUUUUCUCGCUCGACUCUUUGACGUACGGACGAACGCUGCCCUCGCCAUCGUAUUUGCCCUCAGGUGUGGUUUUCCAUCCUUCAACGUCGGCGCGCUUUAGCAGCAUGCUGACGCUCGUGUUUGCCGGCAACAAAGUCGAAUUCUGGGACGUUGAGAGCGGGAAAGAGCUCACCUCUGCCACGCCCUCUAAGGUCGUCGACUCGAGUGCUACUCCCAAAGAUGCAGCUGUGGAAAGCAGCGGAAAGCAGCGCAAGCGAGCCAACCACUCCCGGUCCAACUCCGUCGCCGUUGGUACAACGACACUGUCAACAGCCGCAGACUCGCGCACCACGCUCAUCGAGAACCUGACCUCCCUCAAGCAAACGCUGCAACUGCGUCUGGCCGGUCUGCGCGAUUUCGCCAUCUCUGCGCUCUGGUGCGGCGACGGCAGCGGCAACCUGGCCAACUAUACGCUCGUGGUGUACGGUGCGACGUGGAUGUGUACUGCGCGUGCGGUCACCGCUCGCGCCGAAGUGGACGCGCAGGGGGAUGUCGAGAUGCAAGACGCCAGCACCACCACCACUGUCACCACCUCUGGGGCAUUGAAAUGGACAAUUCGAACCACGGCCAAGUAUCAACCGUUGCUGCUCGUUGCCCAGCUGCCACUCGGCAUGCAAGAUGCCGCUGCGGCGGCGCAUCUGGUUGUCGUAGAAAGACCGUACUUCGAGUUGGCGAAGAAGUUGCCCGCUGCUUUCCAUCGUGGUGCUCGUUACGGUGCCUGA